UUUGGGGUUGGCUUCCGGCCGCCGGCAUCCGGCGCUCACUUGCAGCCUUUCCUUUGCCAUCGUCGCUUGUUGCCCCUGCCUCUGCAGUCGCCGCCGCCGCCGCCGCCAUGGGCAUCCUGGAGAAGAUCUCGGAGAUCGAGAAGGAGAUCGCCCGCACCCAGAAAAACAAGGCCACUGAGUACCAUCUUGGUUUGCUGAAAGCAAAACUUGCCAAGUACAGAGCACAGCUCUUGGAACCCUCCAAAUCUGCCUCCACCAAAGGAGAAGGCUUCGAUGUGAUGAAAUCUGGAGAUGCCCGAGUGGCACUGAUUGGCUUUCCUUCUGUGGGUAAGUCUACCUUCCUGAGUUUAAUGACAUCUACUGCCAGUGAAGCUGCAUCCUAUGAAUUCACCACUCUGACAUGUAUCCCAGGUGUCAUCGAAUACAAAGGAGCCAAUAUUCAGCUCUUAGAUCUUCCUGGAAUCAUUGAAGGCGCUGCACAAGGGAAAGGCAGAGGCCGACAGGUGAUUGCUGUGGCUAGGACGGCCGAUGUUGUCAUCAUGAUGCUGGACGCCACCAAGGGAGAAGUGCAGAGGGCCCUGUUGGAAAAGGAAUUGGAAUCUGUGGGGAUCCGGCUCAACAAGCACAGACCCAAUAUCUACUUCAAGCCAAAGAAAGGUGGUGGGAUCUCCUUCAAUUCAACAGUCACACUGAGCCAGUGCUCUGAAAAGCUGGUGCAGCUCAUCCUACAUGAGUACAAAAUCUUCAAUGCUGAAGUACUCUUCCGAGAAGACUGUUCACCAGACGAGUUUAUUGAUGUGAUUGUUGGCAACCGAGUGUACAUGCCCUGCUUGUAUGUUUAUAACAAAAUUGAUCAGAUCUCAAUGGAGGAAGUUGACCGCCUGGCACGAAAGCCCAACAGUGUUGUUAUCAGCUGCGGGAUGAAGCUCAAUCUGGAUUUCUUGCUGGAGAUGCUUUGGGAGUACUUGGCCCUGACGUGUAUCUACACCAAAAAAAGAGGACAAAGACCAGACUUUACAGAUGCCAUUAUUCUCCGGAAAGGAGCUUCCGUAGAGCAUGUGUGCCACCGGAUCCACCGAACACUCGCCAGCCAGUUUAAGUAUGCUUUAGUGUGGGGAACCAGCACCAAAUAUAGCCCUCAGAGAGUGGGAUUGACACAUACGAUGGAGCAUGAGGAUGUCAUCCAGAUAGUCAAGAAGUAGCCUUUCCUGCUGCUGCUCAUCAGUGCCUGGCCCCACCCACAUCCCCAGAGUGACAUCUGAUUGACUGUUAUCAUCUACAAGCCAAAAAAGGAAC